CUUACUACAUCAUAAUAUUGUCAUAAUACCAAUAAUACAAAUUGGAACAAUCAACCGGUCUAUGAUUAUUAAUAUUUUCAAUUUUAUUUAUGUAACCUUAUUUUUAUUUCAAAUUCGUAUCUGAAAAUAAUAUAUUUGCUGAGUUUAUAAUAAAGUAUUACUUCUUAUAUAAUGGAAGUAAGUACCAUGGAAAACAAUUCAAACGAUCAAACGGAAAAAGAAAGUCAAGUAGGCACUGUGACUAAAGAAAUUGAAAUCGAAAAUGCAGAUAAAAAAGAUAAAGUAGAACCUAUGGAAAAUGCAGAUAAAAAAGAUAAAGUAGAACCUAUGGAAAAUGCAGAUAAAAAAGAUAAAGUAGAACCUGUGGUAAAAGAAGAUCCUUUUGCUUAUUUAGAUCGGAAUGAUUUCACUUCUGAAAAGUACAAGGUAGAAGUGAGAAACCUUCCCAAAUAUUAUGGAAUUGCUGUAAGUUAAAAAAAAAUUUUGUGUUUAAUAGUCCACUAUUUAAAUUAGUUAACAAAAAUAAAGUACCUAAUAGAUACUUGCACAUUUUUCAGGAGUUCAAGAAAUUAGUCAAUCAAAAAUUAAAAUUAAAAUGUUCUAAAGUCAAAACGCCUAAUCGUAAUGGCAAAUGGUUGUAUGUAUGUUUUCGUUCGGAAGAAGAUAAAGAUGUAGCUUUAGGUGUUUUAAAUGGAUAUAAUUGGAAGAAUACAGUUUUAGAGGCCAGUGUAAGUGUUUAGUCCAUGUUAGUUCAUGUUUUUGUUAUAAUUUUAAUAAUUUGUUUUUAUAUUUUAUUGAAACUUAACUAGAACGCCAAAGCUGUGCCUGAUCCAAUGGUACAAAAACGUAAUGAACAAUUUGACAACUAUUCAGACCAAAAGAGAAAAAAGUUGGAUAAUAUUGGUGCAGAACAGCAGAUGAUAAGUGCUGUCACUCCAUUAUUUGAUAUACCUUAUGAAAAACAAGUAAGAAAUGUUUUUAUAUUAUGUAUCAUGCAUAGUAAGUUUAUUAUUUACCAUUAUCUAUCUAUUAAUUUCUAUUAAUUUUAAUUAAAGUUCAGACUUGUAUGUGAACAUAUUUUUGUUGGAUGUAUGCACAACUAUGAGAGUUGUCAAAAAUUUGUCCACAUUUCAUAAUAGGUACUAAGAAUCUAAAAAAAAAAAAAAAAAUGUUUUUGAUUAACUGAGAUACAGCAUUGCUUGUUUCAAAAUGUAUUUACCCCAAUCUGUAUGAAUUAACCUUAAUCAAUCCACUUAAAAUUAAUAUUCAUUUUUUAUAAGAAAGUUAUAAUUUGUAUAAAAUAGAAAGUUUACAUCUAUUUCCGUGUAAAUCGAUUUUAACAAUAAAUUGAUAUAUCAUAAUAUUUUGUAUUACCUAAUAUGCAAGCACUUUUUAGACAUGGUGUUAUUUUCAAAAUAUUCUGGCCCUAUUUGAAAUUUCUUUUUUCUUUUUAUAUGAAGGAAAAAUGUAUAUGCCAGAUCAAAAGAAUUGUUGCAUUUACUGAAUAUUCUCUACCUAUCUAAAUUAGUAAAUAAUCAAUUUUUUAAACUUUGUGUUACAUAUAUGUCAGUAGUUCCAUAUUAGUUGUUUAAAUGCACAUAUUUCAUAAAUAUUUAUUUUUGUAUGCAUGUGUAUAUUUUAAAGUUAAGACAAUAUAUAUUAAGUAGCAUUUUUCACAAAAGCUUUUAGAAAAUAUAGUAUUAAGUAUCUCAAUUUUUUUAAAUUAUUAUAUUUUUAGGAUUCGAAGAAAUUAUAAAUCUGGAAUCAAAUUAAUGAGCUAUACAAUAAUUUUUUUUUUCUUUAUAAAUAACUUUUUUGCACUAGUUUUUCCUGAAAGGUAAUUUUUUGAUAUUCCAAAUGGUUUUCAUAAUAAUUGGGAAAAAACAGCAAAAUUUUACAAUUGUAUUAUUUUUAAUUUUAUUUGUUUGUUGUAAUUCAGUUAAAACAAAUUGAGUAUAAUGUAGAAUUCUAAUAUCAAAUUUUGAUGAAAGUUGUAAAUAUUAUGGCCUUCCAAAACAUAUAUAACCAAACUUUGCUCAGAAUCGUAUUUUAUUAUCAAUGGUUAAUUGUUCCAUACAGAUAUGCAUUAAAUUCUCCUUUAUAUUCAACCUUUCCAACUUCUCACCUACAAAAGUGGCCCAACCAUAACGUGAAGUAUGUCAGUAUUUUUUAUAUUUUAUAAUUAUGUAUAACUAAAUGCAAUUAAAAUUAUUAUUAGAAUCUUUAAUUAUUUUAAUACUUUAAUAAAUGUUUUUGUCCCCAAGACUAUUCCCCUUAAAAAAAUAUGUUAAAAUAAUUUUAAAGUUAUUUAUAAUAAUAUUCAAUAUAGUUAAUACUUCUUCAAUCCAUUAUGUUCUAGUAUUCUUAGACUCAUAUUUGGAUUAAAUUCAAUUUGAUAUAUUUACAUUACAAAUCUAUAUACUUAAUAUAUUUGUUGUAUUGGUUUCAGUUAAUCCAAAAAACUAACUUUGUAAAGAAAGUACUUUUGGAUUAUGGUAAGCAAUUGAAACGAACUAAUAACAGUCUAAAUCUAGUUGAAUGGUUAAAAAAACAACAGGAUACAUAUGAUGGUCUCCCUUGUGAACUUUUAGAAAUAAAAAGUUUAAAAGACGAUAUUGAAAAAUGUGUUGGUUACAGAAAUAAGUGUGAAUUUACUAUAGGUAAUAUAACUGAUAUAUUAUUAGAAUAUUAUUUGAGUAAAAACAAUAUUAAAAUUGUAUAUUUAAGUAUUAUUUAAAAAAAAGAUAUUUAAUUUGAUAAUUUUUAAUGUUUUAUUUGUUUAAACUACAAAUAAUAACUGUGAAUAGAAUUUCAUUAACACAUAUUAUACUCGUAAGAUUUGAAUUAUUAAUAUUUUAUUUUGACCAUUAAUACACAAACAUAAAAGUACUCAUUUUUGUACAUGUACAAUAAUAAUACUCAUCUAUAUUCAAUUAUUUUUCAAUAAUUAUCCCCAAUUUUGGAUGUAUUGAAAUUUUGAAAAAAUGCCACAAGUAAUUUUCCUGUAAGCAUAAUCUUAUUUUGUAAUUUUAUAAUUUUUCAGGUAUGGACACUGAAAAUAAAGAGCCAGUAGUUGGUUUUCGCGUUGGUUCUUAUGUUCAAGGAAAAACUAGUGUAGCAUCUAUUGAUAAAAUUUCAAAUGUUCCUCAGCGUAUGAAAAAUGUAGUUAAUGUAAGAUAUUAUAUAAAAAUCACAAUGUUGGUGAAUAUUAUUAUGUAUAUAAGUUUAUAAUAUUUAUUAUUCAUUACUGUACUAUAUGUUAUUUUAGCGUUUCCAGGAUUUAGUCAGGUCAUCUAAAAUUCCUGUAUUUGAUCCAGAAACAUAUAAAGGUCAUUGGCGCCAAUUGACAGUACGAUUAAGUCUAAAAACUGAACAGCUUAUGUUGAUCUGUGUAGUACACACAGAAAAUAUGUCCGACACAUCUUUGACAUCUUUAAAAAAAUUAAUUCUUGAUUAUUUUGUUGAUGGUGCUGGAUCUGAUUGUAAAGUGCAUUCCUUAUUCUUUCAAAAGGCCAAAAAAAAAGCGUAAGAAUUAAAAGCAUAAUUGAUUUGGUUUUUGGUAUUUAAAGUCACAAAAGAAUCGUAGGUUAUAAAUUGCUUCUUGAUAUACUUUUUUUAGCUUAAAAUAUUAAUGACUUUUCUUAUAAAUAUAUAGUAUUAUGCAUGUAUUUCCUUUUAGCAGCAGUCUGAACUGCAUUGAACUCUUUCAGUUUUAAACUGAUAAAUGGUGUAAUUUACUAUAUAGCAUAUCUUAAAUUAAAAAUAUGCCAUAUAAUUAAUAUUAUCUUAAAUUAAAAAUAAUUUUAAUUAAAUAUAUAAAAAUAAAUAAAUAAAUGCGUCUUCUAGAGUAUUAUGAUAUGUGUAUUUUACCCCCAUUUUUGAAUUAAAAAUUCAUUGUCAGGUAAAAUUUUAAAGUCAAAAAGUAAAACAUGACUGAAUAUAAAAAAAAUAAAUAGAAUACAUAGAGAAAAAAUUAUACAAAUUGGUAGUUUUACAUAGAAAUAAUUUAUAUUAAUUUUUAUUUUAUUUUAUUUCACUAUUUAUUUACGAGUUAAACAUUUAAUAAUUUUGUUUUUAUUUUAUUAUUUUAUUAUUUAAUUGUAAUUAUUAUGAUAAAUAAAAAUGUAACUCAAUCAAUUGAUUUUUAGUGUUGGUGAAGGAAAUUCAUUUCCAUUGGAAUUAUUAUAUGGAAAAGAAUAUAUUAUUGAAGAAGUGAACGGUCUCCAAGUUCGAAUUUCACCCGAAUCAUUUUUCCAAAUAAAUACAGCUGCUUCUGAACUAUUGUUUAGCACUGCAAAAGAUUUAGCUUCCAUUAAUAAAAAAACUACUGUUUUAGAUAUAUGUUGUGGUUCUGGCAUAAUAGGUUUAUCUAUGGCUAAAGUAAUUUAAUUUAAUUUAAAUAUAGUCGUCUUUAGUGUUUUUAACUAUCUGACCAUUGUAUUUUUUUAUUUUUAAGGAAUGUGCUCAAGUAGUUGGUGUAGAUAUUCAAGAAGAUGCGAUAAAAAUGGCAAACAUAAACACUAUGGAAAAUCAAAUAAAAAAUGCAAAGUUUUUUGCUGGUAAAGCCGAAGAAAUAAUGACUUUAUCAGAGUUUCAAAAUCCAGAUAUUGCUGAUGAUGUAGUUGCCAUUGUUGAUCCUCCCAGAGCAGGACUACGUAAGUACAAUAUCAAAUUUGUGACUCUUGAGCAUUGAAUAUAAAAUAUACACUUAGCUCGUGCAAUAGUAAUAUUUGGCGACCAUGUAGUGUUAUAAUAGUUAGAUCCUCUACACUGAGCAACUCAAAAAAAACUAAACUGGUUCGUGAUUUAAAUUACUUAACGAUUAAUAACGCAUUGGUGACUGAGAUCCACACUUGAGCUUACUGAAAAGUGAUCGAAAUCACUAGUUUGUUCUGUUUGUUCUAUUAACUAAUUAGUAACCAGUAGAGUCGUAUGUUGUGUUCCAUUGAAUAACAUACGUUGUGCCUUAAAGCAUACUGGUUAGUGGUUUAUGUCAGUAAUUAGUUUCUAAUGAAUAACUCCGUGUGUAGACAACUUUAGGAGUAGAUAAUGAUACCUACUCCUAAGGUAGGUCAUAGAUAGGCGAGGUGUGUUGCUGUUGCUUAUCUACGAUAGGGGUACUAUCAUUUUUGCUUUCCAACUACUCUAGCGCCCCAUAGAAACAAUAUUUUUAGGUGGUCGCCAAAUAGUAUUAAAGCAUAGGUUAUUUAUAUAUUAUAUUAUCAAUGCUUGUAGUAAUAAUAAAAUAUUUGAUUAUUAUUCAUAUAUAAUACAAUGGGUUUCAGAUAACAAAGCAAUAUUGCUUUUACGAAGUAUGAAACAUUUAAAUCGAUUAGUAUAUUUGUCUUGCAAUCCAAAAGCAGCAUUGCAAAAUUUCAUAUCUUUGUCUAUGGCCAAAUCUAAAACUAAACAAGGUGCUCCAUUUGUACCGGUAAAAGCUAUUCCUGUUGAUAUGUUUCCUCAAACACCACAUUGUGAAUUAAUAGUGUACUUUGAACGAUACACUGGUAAUUAAUGUAACUAAAAGUAAAACAUGAGAAUGAAUACAUUUAUUUUUAGUGUAUCAUUUAUUUAUUAAAGAUUUACUGUAGGAUUUUCCUAUUAAUCAGUUUUGUUGGUAUUUCUGAUAAACAAUAUAUAUUUUUUUUUUUUUAAAUUUGUAAUUUUAAUAAUUUUGUUUUAUAUAGAAAUAAAAAUUAAUAAAGUGUGUUCAUUUUAAAGUUUCUUUUACAGUUUUUUUUUUCUAGUGCUUACAGUCCACUCGGAAGCUUAAUUUUUUUACUAUAAUUCUCUAUCUUUCUAUCUAUCUCUGUACUUACUAUAAAAUCUUAUUCUUUAAAUUACAUGUUUAAGAUAUGACUUCACUGUAUUUAGUAAAAUAGUUUUACUAUAAGUCUAUUAAAUUUGUAUGGAUUUAUAUAUACAGUUAUUAAUUGUAGAGUUUUAAAAAUUCAAUUUAAGUUUAACUAAUCAAUAAUACUAUAAAAAUAAUUAGAUGUUAAGAGAAGUAUUUUGUAUAGAAUUUUACAGUAAUUUUUCAGAACUUAAGAUUAAAAAAAUCAUGGAUGAAGUGAAACAUUUUUUUGAUAAUUUAUUUUAAAUGUUUUAUUAUAUUGAAAGAAUUGUAGACAAUAUCACUGAAAUCAAUUAUUGUACAUUACGUUACAGAAAUAAUAUAUAUUCAAAACAUCCACC